AUGAUGGGAUGUGUCAGAGCAGCAUACUACAGGAGGCUCAACAAGAGGUACCCAACACUGAUGGGCAUAGGGGAGCCGUCUGAUGCGUGGCAACAGCUCUCCCUGACGUGCGAGGUGCGACACUCGUCCGACAUGGAGGACACCAUGGUUCUCUACCAGAAGACACAGCCGCCUACGGUCGUGCUUGCAUCAGCCCUGGAUCUCGAGAUCCUUCACCAGUCACACCACUGGGUGUGCGACGGUACAUUUCAGUACUGUCCUUUUGGGUUUGCCCAGUUGGGGCCCUCAAGUGUGGCCACUUUGACUUCGAAACUGGAGCAAUUGGACGCUUUGAGGCCGUCUUCCGUGUUCAGGCUAAGGGUUGCCUGUUCCAUUUCAUCCAGUGCAUCACCAGAAAGGUUGGAGAACUGGGACUUCACUUUAUACAGGGGUGAAGAGAACCCAGCACUCAAGCAAUGGGUGCGUAAGGUAGUUGGCCUCGCCCUACUGCCACCGGAGUUGGUGCACUGGAACGACUGCCUCAAACACCAGAGUCCAGUGACAAAUGUCCCGAGCUUGGAUGCUGGCAUUGGCCAGCUCAAGGGCUACUUUGAGAACCAGUGGCUCUCCAGCAUAGGCCAAAUCUUGAUGUGGAACUACUAUGCGGACACGGAUAACCUGAGGACGACCAACCAUGCAGAGGGCUGGCACAACUCUUUCAGGGCGAAACUACGGUGUCAACCAGGGAUGGCACUAGGGAAGUUCAUGGCAGACUACCAAAGGGUCAUACACCACAGCAACCAGGUGCGCAUUCGGCAGCUCCAGCAAGGACACCCUGCAACGAGAACCCGGGCCAACUAUGAAGCAAACAAUGUAGCCAUUGCUGAGCUGAAGAGGGGGCUGGAAGAAUACUGGAGGACAUUUGUGCACAUUCCUGUGGAGCCACCUUUCCAGAAUGCCAACGAGCAGUUUGCUCACAGAAUCAACGAGUACCUGAGCAGUGUGGCACGACGACUGGGAGUAAACGCGUUAAACCGGUACAAAUGGGGCCCUGUGUUUUAGGGUAAAACCUGUUUCCCCUGGCCCAACCCCAAUUUGCAUCAUCAUCACUUAGGGCAAAACGUAAAAAUGAACUUUGCAAUGUGCCAAUUGAGCCACCGAUACAGGCACUUAAGAACACUAAGCAUUGGACUUUUAGCACAGCAAUUCUGUAUCUUAUGUCAAUCUAAAAUGUUUGAAGCUCUCUUUUUUUUUAUUUCCCACUGGAAAAUAACUUUUCCAUCCGCUAUCACCUCAUUUUACCCUGUUUUACGACUCCUGAAUUGAAACCCGAUUUCCCCCCCGCCCCGACUUUCAAAAAACAUAAAACCCGAAAACACUGGGCCCUAGGUACAAAUGGCGUCGAACGACGGAGGAUGCAGCUGCAGCAUGGACGCUCCCUACCAGAACCUGGGCCAACUACGUAGCCAACAUUGUUGCCAUUGCUGAGCUGAAGAGGGGACUAGUAGAAUGUCAUAGGAUCUUGUACACAUUCCUGUGCAGCAGCCCUUCCAAAUGGUCACCAACAAUUUGCUCAUAGAAUCAAUGUGUAGCAUGUUGCUCAAAGACUGGGAGCAGAUACACAUACCACAU